AUGCCAUCCGACAUCCAAGUCUUUGUGAAAUGGAAGGAUCAAACUAUAUUUGCGGGCGAAGAUGUGGAAUGCACUAUCACAUUCAAGAACGUGGCUGACACAAGCGCCGAAUCCAAUCCUAAUGGCGAAGCUCAACACUCGCGGAAAGGCUCUCGAGUCGCGAACACAAACUCACAGUCGAACUCGGACUCGUUCUUCGGCUUCAAAUCACCCCAGGCCCUUUUUUCCGGCCGGCGGUCGUUCUCCAUCAGCUCUCAACGGAAGCCCUACCACCGCACAGCUUCAUCUUUAAGCACCCCGGUGGCCGGCUCACAUAGCUUCCCCCCGAACAGCGGCAACACCCCCUCCACACCGCGCACAUGGCAACCCGGUCACAGCCAUAAACGAUCCGUAUCCAUCCUUUCGAUUGAUAGCGAAGGCCAUGCUGACCCAUCGCCUUCACCGCACCAAUACAAUAAUCGACCAGUCAGGGGUCAUGGGCGCUCGGCGAGUCUUCAGGUUCCACCGAGGAGGAACAAUAGCUACGAGGACUCUCACAAGAAAGUGCGGACUCCAACACAUGCUUUCCCCUUUCCUUUAACAGAGGCGCCAAGCGAGCAUCCCAAUGGCAGUCUCCGAGUUGAUACCUCCCAUCUGGGGCGAGCUAGUCGUCCCGGAUCCCUAGCAACUAGCCCAACAGGUCUAGUGGAGACACUUAGAAAUCCUGCGCGACGGCCUCAACCCCCUCCCCUCGAUUUCAAGUUUCCGGCCACGGUGUCAACGGAGUCAACCAACAACCGCGGGGCGCGCACCCCAUCUCCACGAUCUGCAACCACAGUUGGCACCGCAUCUACAGGAGGAAGGUCCACCGUGAAGGAGGGACAACCAUUGACCGGGCCCGCACACCAGCAAUUGACCCGGAUAAUAUCAGCAACGAGCGUAAAUGGGAGUAGUCGCAGCAGCGGAGAGUUCUACUCUGUCAGCGACCACUCCACCGAGACUCUGGGGUCCGAAUACACAGCCUAUUCUGCACAGGGUGCACGGGCUCCCCCUCCCAUGCGACAUGCACGUCAUGCAAGCGUGGCCGCGUCUCCUGCUAAAUUUUCCAACAGCCAGGCGCUGUUAAUGGGGUUUGCACAGGUCAGCGCGUCGUUCACAGUCGACGGCUCACUCGUGAACCAGUCAGCUUUUGAAGAAGUCAAGCGAAAGGGUGUCGUUGGCGGGCAGGCAGGUCCCGGUGGAUUGCCUGGUCGACCAACUCCGACUGCUGAACGCCCUCGUAAAACCGGCGGUUUCUGGGGAGCGCUCAAGUGGAACACCAUUGAAGAAUCUAUCAAUGGCCUUCUCUCCAACAACGAGUUGGAUGGGCUUCGGGAAAUGCGUGGCGUCACAUCUGAGCGCUCGAUUCCACUGUUAUCAACCUCGCAGUCGCUGCUCUUCGUCGACCUUCGGCUGGCACCUGGAGAAGAACAGUCAUAUUCUUUCUCCUUCUCGCUCCCUAAAGGACUCCCGGCGAGCCAUAAAGGGAAGGCGAUUAAAAUCUCAUAUAAUCUGGUGAUCGGGACCCAGCGGCCUAGCGGGGUUAACGAGCCUCAAAAGGUCAACCGCAUCAAUAUACCAUUCCGCGUCUUCAGCGGCGUUAACGAAAAGGGAGAUAUUCUUGGGCAUGACCUAAUGUCACCCUACGUAAUUCUACGCGACGAAGCAAAGGUUCAGAAGGUCGAUCCAGUUGCGCCAGUGCACCCCAAAAACCAAAGCAUCAGCAAAUCCCAUCAUUCCGCGGCAGACUUCUUGGGCUACGUGGACGAAAUCUUGGAGCAACGUGCGCGUUCCAACACUCUUUUCCCACCAGGUGCUCUUCCAUCGAGACGAGCCAGCGUGGAUGGACUACCGCAGAUGCUCACCAGUAAAGAUGUCAUUGAUUUCGCAAUCCUGCGUAGCAAUCAGGCAGUCAAUUCGCGCCGCAGUCCCAAUCGCUUUGAUAUCGCUCGUGAAGGCCAACGCAUUGCAGUGGCUGUCUUGAACAGACCAGUUCACCGACUUGGCGAAACUAUCAUCGCCACUUUGGACUUUGGCGAUGCUACAAUUCCAUGCUAUGCAGUCCGUGCUUCAUUGGAGACAUCUGAAAAGGUUACACCCACUUUGGCCAUUCGCUCCAACGCAAGUAUACACCGGACGACGCGUCGCAUCCAUGCAUCUCUGUUUGAGAACACUCUCCAUGCCACUCGAGUGGCUUUCAGCCCUGCCAUUCCCAUCACUGCCACACCCACAAUUCUAACGAGUGGUAUUACUCUUGAUUGGGAAUUGCGAUUUGAAUUCGUGACAUCUAGUAUCCGAGGCGAUCCGGGUCCUGGGCCUUCAGGUGCUCGCUUGCUCGAAGCCUUGUCUUCGGAUGAUCGUGGUACUGUAUUGUCCGCCAUGGAGCAUUUGAACUGCGAAUCUUUCGAGAUCGCUAUUCCUUUGACUGUGUAUGGAGAGACUGUUCGAGAACGCCUACCUGAAGAAAAUGUAGGGUAUCCAAUCUAA